AAAACCACGUCACACUUGAGUUAAUUAACAUUUAAUAAUACUUUUAUUUAAGUGAUGACAAAUUAAGUCACGAAUUUUUUUCUAGUCGUCGGAAAAGAUAGGAAAAACUCUAGUGUAGAGCGGUGGGAAACCUCUGAGAAGAGAUCGAUUCAUCGGUUCAUUAAUUUGAUUAUGGAGAUUGGGAGGAAGGAAGAUGAGAUUGGGUGCAGGCGAACCUAUGGGCUUAUCCUGCUACUCCUCUUCAGCUGUUUCGCCAGAAUCCCGUCAGUCUCGGCUUUGUCCGUGACCGUCAACGACGUUGAAUGUGUGUACGAAUACGUCCUAUACGAGGGCGAUACCGUCUCCGGCAACUUCGUGGUGGUAGAUCAUGAUAUUUUCUGGAGCUCAGAUCAUCCCGGAAUCGACUUGAUUGUUACUGCUCCGGGUGGCAAUGUAGUCCACACAUUGAAAGGAACAUCUGGUGAUAAAUUCGAAUUCAAGGCCCCAAGAAGUGGGAUGUACAAAUUUUGUUUUAACAAUCCUUAUUCAACUCCUGAAACCGUCUCUUUCUACAUACAUGUCGGCCACAUUCCAACUGAACAUGACCUGGCGAAAGAUGAGCAUUUGGAUCCAAUUAAUGUUAAAAUUGCUGAACUAAGAGAGGCAUUGGAAUCGGUUACGACAGAACAGAAAUACUUGAAAGCACGUGAUGCUCGUCAUCGUCAUAGUAAGGCUACUUUUACUCUCGUUAAAAGUACUGCACUGCUGCCCUGAUAUAUGAAUCAUGCAUACCAUGCUAACUCUUCCAGUUCUGGACUACUUUCAUCAUGUAAUGCUGCUUCUUGUUGGAUUUUUAAAUCACAAUUUAGUCUCUGAUAUCAGAUGUUGAGUGAUCAUAAUGUUGAUACAUUUGUAGUUUUCUUGAUGUCGAUGCUGAUCUUACUAUUUCCAAGUAGAUUUUCAGUAACUGAGAACAAUAUUAAAGGCAGUUCCAGUGAGCUGUCUAGAUGGUCAGAUUCAGAGAGACCAUGAGAAUUAGGUUGUACCACUAUGAUUGUGUCUUACCCUUGCCAGUCCUUUGAUUUUACAUGGUUGGUUCAUGUCCAGGCGAUACAGAUAAAGUUAAUUCACUGUUCGUCAUCAUUUAUUUGAAUUGAUAUUUGUCAUUUUCACUGACAUCAUUUCGCUUUCAGCAUUACAAAUGGUUUAUUGAUGUCUCAUUACUGAUCCUGCUGCAGCUAAUGAGAGCACCCGGAAGCGUGUCAUAUUCUACACGGUUGGUGAGUACAUUUUGUUGGCCCUUGCAAGUUCUCUUCAGGUUAUCUACAUCAGGCGCUUGUUCAGCAAAUCAGUCGGUUACAACCGCGUUUGAAAGAUAUUUUAGCCUCUAGACCAAGAAAGUUUUCUUUGAACUGUUUCGGUGUCUGAUUUUCUGGAUACUAAUUAAAUGUAGCAGUGUUAGUUAGAUCAAUGACUUCAGAAGCACAAUAUUCAUGUAACAAAUAGUUUUGUCAUACAGUGCGUAUAUUUGUAUGAUUUGCCACUUUCUGAUCGAUUGUGUGUCUGUGCUUUUUUGUUUUUUGUUUUUUUUUUUUUUUUAAAAUUAUAUGAAUAUCGUAUUCUGGUGCUUUGGGGUAAAGAUGGGUGACAAGAUUUUCUUUUAGUACUAAAGAGAGGCACAUGUCACUAGUGAUCGCGUGGGUUAUGUAGCUUUCUUUUUCUCUUUGUUUUUGGUGG